AAUCUCUAGUGAUCUUCACAAGCCUGUGCCGUAGGGAUACUUAGUUCUUUUGAGAAAACUGAAGCCCUCCCAGGUUAGUUGGCUUGGUUCACGGUCUCUGUUUUCCAAAUCCUUUCAGACCAUUUGUGAGGUGAGGCUUCGCAGUUUUUCUGGAUCCCGACGAAUUUUCGGAAACUCGCUAGUCUUUGACCUUUGUUAAGUAAUUCUUUCCCAAGCAAGGCUGAUCUGACCACACUUUAAGCGCCGGCCGCGAGUUCACGGUCUCCAUGACAACACCUCGGGUGUCAGUUGCGGCUCGGUCUCGCGAUAAGGGGGGAGGGGUUAAGUCCGGAGAAUUGCGCAUGCGUUUUGCCCACACGGCCUCUGAACUCGGAGGCUUCCGUAGAGGGCGGGAGAAAGAUGGCGGCGGCAAUACUGGAUCGUUUGGGUGCGUUAUGGAUGCAGAAUCUGAGGGGGAAGCUGGCCUUGGGGCAUUUUUCAUCUCACAGCGUUUUACCCCAAUCACAUAUUCACACAAGUGCUUCUCUUGAAAUAUCUCGAAAAUGGGAGAAGAAGAAUAAAAUUGUUUAUCCUCCACAACUGCCUGGAGAACCUCGGAGACCAGCUGAAAUCUACCAUUGUCGAAGACAAAUAAAGUACAGCAAAGACAAGAUGUGGUAUUUGGCAAAAUUGAUACGAGGAAUGUCCAUUGACCAGGCUCUGGCUCAGUUGGAAUUCAGUGACAAAAAAGGGGCCCAGAUAAUUAAAGAGGUUCUCUUAGAAGCACAAGAUAUGGCAGUGAGAGACCACAAUGUGGAAUUCAGAUCCAAUUUAUAUAUAGCUCAGUCCACCUCAGGGCGAGGCCAGUACCUGAAACGCAUCCGAUACCACGGCAGAGGUCGCUUUGGGAUUAUGGAGAAGGUUUUUUGCCAUUAUUUUGUGAAGUUGGUGGAAGGCCCUCCACCUCCACCUGAGGCACCAAAGACAGCAGUCGCCCAUGCCAAAGAGUAUAUCCAGGAGCUUCGCAACCGGACCAUCAUUCACACUCUAUGAUGGGGUGUGACUUUGCAGCGCCUCUUAUUAUGAGGUGGAGUCUCUUCUGACCUCUUGAAUUUGGGCUUACUUUGUAAUAGAACGUGGCAGAAGUGACAGUUUGCAGGUUUUCAGCCUUGGCCCUGUUUGCUUCCUCUUUCUUUCUUGGACCUCUGCUUCUCCAUGUAAACAAGCCCAGGCUGAUCUGCUCAAGGACGAGAGACCACGUGGAAGAGAGAUGUGGGCCCCAGCUUACAGGCGGCCAACCACAAAACACGAGAGAGUCCAGCAGACAUCAGCACAGCUGCAGAUGCAGCAAAAACUGAUGACAGAAGCAUGAAUGAGCCCAGGUGAGAACAGUUACAGAAAGCUGCUAAGCACAUCGCUUCUGUCCUAAUAAUGAGAAAAUGACAGAUAAACUACAAAAUCAUUACUUUUGUUGAGCUCACGAGAAAGAUGAGGUUGUGAGGCAACCAAGUAACCUCAUUCAGAAGAGAGACAAGCCCCUCCGAGGAGAAAUGGGCUUCACAACUGUCCGCAUUCUGGCAGAGCAUGGGGAGGAGAGGCACAGCCACUGUCCACGUGGGGAGAAGAAAUCAGCUAAAUUGUAACACAAAAUCCAUGUGUGGGUGAGUGUGUAAACCUGGGAAAGCUGAGGUAGAAGAGGAGUUUCCACUCAGCUACAAACUCUCUUCCACAGACUUCCACCAGGUGCUCACAAGAAAUAUUGGGAGCAGGGCAGGAGGCUGGCCCUCUUGAGCCCACCUCUGAGGUCCAGGCAGAGGGAGGCGAUCAAUGGAUGUUGGGGACACAAAAUGCCAUUGGCUUCCCUGGAUUUUCCUCCUUUAGGGAUCAAAAGCUCUAAGCUACUGUGGGUAGGGCAGCAAACUCAGUUACCCACAGGGUUCAAAGUGAUCAGUGGAUGUGAGGCCCAAGGCCCUGCCUACUAACCUGGACAAUUUUCCCUGGACAGUAGACUACAACCUCAAGUCUCUGGAGUGGCAGAGUCUAUUACUCCCAGGGCAGACGGACCAAGAUGUGUUGCUUAAUAUCUGCAUGAAAAGCACUUGAUAACAUUGAACAUCCAUUUAUGAUAAAAACUCAGCAAACUAGAACUUCCUCAAUCUGAUAAAGGGCAUCUACAAAAACCCUAUGGUUACCAUUAUACUUAAUGCUGGAAGAUUGAAUCUAUAAAUUGUGGUACGUCCCUACAAUGGAAUACUUCUCAUCAAUAAGAUGGAUGAAUCUCAAAAGCAUUACGUAUUUCUUUUCAUGCUCACGAUGUCCCAGAUUUGGCCAGUGGGAGCCAUUGCAAGUUGUUUCCUGUGUCCUUUUGACAUUUCUUCAUCGUUUGAGGACUUUCUUACUUUAUGACACAAAAAGAUGUUCCAGCCUCAUCUUAUUAUUUCCCUGGAUUCAGUGAUUUGAGGAGAGCAUAUUCAUCUGUAGAAAUAAAGCCACCCCUAAAUGUCAAAAACGCAAAAACAGGGUGUUAACCAGGUAGCUUCACAUGCAUCCACCACCAGUGAGCCCCAUGGGUUUGGGAUUUCAGCCCUGGUUCGUUACCGGAUUCGUGAGUCCAAAAGAAGACAUGUGCAUUUUAUGGCCAAUUCAAUAUCAGCUGUAAACUUGAGCAUCCCUGAGGGGGGCGCAGAAAGCAACUGGCCCCGACCUGUGCUGCAGGGUUGUUUGCUUUCCUUCUCUAGGGUACUCUAGGGCCUGCUGGCAUGGGAGCUCUGUUUAGAGAGAAAACUGUUUUUACAUAUUUCUCUCUAAUGGUAAUAGAAGUGGAACUAUUGUUGUGAAAAGACACUAGGUUUAGACCACACCAUAUGGCAGUGAGAGGCGUUCAUCACUACAGCGUCUAACGGCUGAACUGAAAAUAGCCCAUAUUUCUGCAUUUUUGGAGAAUUAACCCCUGACUGCCAGGAAACGCCCAUUGUAGCAGCUCUUCAGCCAUGUAAGUUAAAAUAAUUACUAAUUAAAUGAGAAUAAAAUAGAGUCCAUAAUAAUAAUCAUCAUCACUGUAACCCAAGUUACUGUUUGUUGGAGCAUUACCUAGGGGAAGAUGCUUGCCAAAGGGAGGAAGAAUGGCCGGGGAGCCUCCAGCUUCAUCAUUACUGCUGAGGUGUCACUCAGCCCCAUCUCAGGAAAAGCAAGGCCCCUUUGUAAGGGUGCCGUUGGGUGCGAGCGUCCAGUGCCAAUGGUUAUGAGCAGAGCACAGGCUCCGGACGCGCAGGCUCAGCGACCAUGGCUCACAGGCCCAGCUGCUGCGCGGCAUGUGGGAUCUUCCCGGACCAGGGCACGAACCCGCGUCCCCUGCAUCGGCAGGCGGACUCUCAACCACUGCGCCACCAGGGAAGCCCUGCAUGUGUCUUUUUGAAUUAUGGUUUUCUUUGGGUAUAUGCCCAGUCGUGGGAUUGCUUGGUCAUAUGAUAAUUCUACUUUUAGUUUUUUAAAGAACCUCCGUACUGUUUCUCCAUCAAGAGAAAGAGGGAGAGGACUCAAAUCAAUAAAAUUAGAAAUGAAAAAGGAGAAGUUACAACAGAUACCGCAGAAAUACAAAGCAUCCUAAGAGACUAGUACACGCAACUCUAUGCCAAUAAAAUGGACAACCUGGAAGAAAUGGACAAAUUCUUAGAAAGGUAUAACCUUCCAAGACUGAACCAGGAAGAAAUAGAAAAUAUGAACGGACCAAUCACAAGUAAUGAAAUUGAAACUGUGAUUAAAACUCUGUCAUUUUGGCCUUGACCUUCUUGAGCCAAGAGAAGAAGGGUUGAGUCAUUAGAUUUCCUAGUCAUCGGUUCAUUGGUUGGGAAAGUUUUUGUUUUUUAGAGUGAAGGUAUAAGGGAGGUAGGGAGAGGGGGUGGGUGCUCAGCUCAGUGGCAAACUAGGAAGUCAGGGUAGGCAGCGAGAGGAGAAUUCUUUCUACCCUGUGCUUUGAGGACUGCUUCCCUAGCUACAGAAUGAGUGAGUUGUGAGCUAUUAUCACCCAUGAGAAAUCUACAGGUAAUUGCAUUCUUAUGAAAUAUUCAGAAAAGGUAAACCCAUAGAGACAGAAAGCAGGUGAGUGCUUGCCAGAGGCUGAGGGAGGAGGGGAUGGGGAAUGACUGUGUAAUGAGGUAUGCUUCCGGGGUGAUAAAAAUGUUCUGGAACUAGAUAGAGGUGGUGAUUGCACACAUUGUGGAUGUACUAAAUGCCACUGAAUUGUACAACUUAAAACGGUGAGUUUUAUGUUAUAUGAAUUUUACCGCAAAAAACAGAAGCCCAAAAUAAAUAGCAACCCCCCCCCCACCGCCGCCGCAGUUCCCUUUAAACCACACUGACCCUGUGGAGGUGGCCUCGGGAAAGAUAACGGCUCUGCUGGGGCUCUGAGCCUGGUGCAGUUCCCUGGCCUGAGUGUUGAGGGAGUAUGGGGGUCCUUCCUCCUUUGCCUCCCACUGUCCUGACCCCUCCUCAGAGGAACCCACUGGGCUGCCAAGAGGUUAAGAGCAUGGGCUUUCAGCAUGGGCUUUAAUCUAAGUGUGGAUCCUAGCCUGGCCACUGCUGCCGGUGUGAGUCUGGGUGUUACGGGACCUCUCUGAGCUGUGGCUUCCUCACUUGUAAAAUGGAGGUGACUGCCUGCCUCAUAGGGUUUUUGUUAGCCUGAACUAAGUGUGUAAAGCAUCUAACUCAAUGCAGGGUGCAUGAUUACCACUCAAGAAACAGGAGUGGCUGUUGUAAAUAAUAGUAAAUUCUAUUAUCUGUGGUAUCUGUCUGAGCAUAGUACUGAUUGCCGAGAUCCACAGGUAGCAAGAAGUUUUACCUUCAGCUAAGUCCUCUAAACAGAAUCCCAAAUCCCAACAGCCUGCUUGUGGGAUGAGGACAGAAGAAAUUCAGCAACAGUGGAGGAGAUUGUUGUCUUAGUUGUAGUUUUGAAGGGGUUGGAUAAAUAGCAUCCUUCUUCUUUGCUUGAACCAAUGGAAAAAUUAGACAAAACCUAAGGAGAUAGGUGACCAAAAUAUCACCUUUAUCCCAAUCAGACAGAUUUUGGAGAUUAAAGGGAAUCUUUAUUGCUGGACAACAGAAUGAGACUGCUCACCCUGUUACAGACAAAGCUGGAUCACUGCAGAGCUGCCCAAACUGGGGCCUGACCUGCUAAAAACAAGGAGGAGGGAACAGAGGGCUGUGCUGGUCCUCCGUGAAAGGGGCUCCUUCCCAAGCUCACCGAUCAGGGCAGACACUCCAUCUCAAGGUGGAGAGAGGCCAGGAAUGCUGCCUGUGGCGCCCCAUCCAAAUGGAAGAAGUAUGAGAGGGACAGAGGUGGCUUAACAUUGGAUUGAUGUAGGACCCAGGAGUUGUCUCCAUGGCCAGGCAGAGGCUGCCCCGUGUCCAGAUGGCACUCCACCUCUUUCCCCACGAGGUCUGACAUCGUGAUAGGCACUCCAGGACCAGUGCCUCCUUCCUUUACGUUCAGCAAGGAGGCUUCUGUUAUAAAAGGAAAUAGAAUAGCAAAAACAAAACAGAACAAAAAACCCAAGAAAAUAAACAAGCAAAAACAAAACCUGGGCACAACCUCAUUUUGCCAAACAUUUGGGGAACGAUAAAGUAAAUUAUAGAAUAUUCAUUCAACAGAAUGUUAAGAAGUCGUUAAAAAAGGCUGUUCACAAAAGGUUUAUAGUGAUGUGGGAACAAUAUGAUAAUGUCAAGUGAAAAAAGUGUGAUACAAAAUUGCACAUAUAGUGUAAACUCAGCUGUAUGAAAAUCUCCCUAAGAUUAUGCAUAGAAAAAUAAAAAUAUUGCGUGGAAACUUCAGAAAUAUUAA